CCAGCAUUUAAUUCCGACGCGCCGGUCGAUCCACCGUAUACCGUACGUACCGCCGGCCACCGUACGUGUACCCACAGCGAAACUCUGCUGUAAAGACGGUCUUGCUGAGCUGCAAUGGCUGAAGGUUGUGAAGAUGUCCUGGUAGAGGUGCAGCGUAAGGUGGUGUGCAUCCAAGAUGCUAUAGCCAGCAUCUCAGACAAGCAGCAGCAGCUUAACAACGGCGCCCUCGGGGCCAAGAGUGACAUCCAUGCUGCCCUAUCACGCCAGCUGGAAGCUCUGCGUAACCGUGAAGUCUGGCUCCUAGACCAAGUGGAUGUGAUUCUACGCAUUCAGGAUCAACUCUUACAACAGCACCUGGUUAGUCUGAUGCAGGAGCUGGGCAGUCUGCAGCGUCUCCUAGAGUUAGCUCAGCGACAGGACAACGACGGAGAAUCACUGAAUGAAGAACUGGCACUUGCCUUGUCAAGACUGGACCUACUGAAUCUACAACCACUGGAGGACACCUCUCUCAGCUUCAAGGCAGACAUGGCCAGUCUGAGAAGGGCUAUCCAUGACUUCGGAGAGAUUGAUGCAAAGCGCCCACGCUGGACCCAUGACUUGGAUGUGGGCAUGGUGAAAAGGGAACAUGAGUUCUCAACCUACCAGUUGUCCUACGACCCUGCUGAUUGGCUUGCAAAGAACACCCCCUCUGUUUCCACCAAUUAUGAUGAUGAAGAUGAUUUUGAGAUGCUUGAUGAUGAUGAUGACCAGUCAGAGACCGACAUUGAUGUUAUCUCCGACGCACCAGAGAACACCCAACACGAGGCAUGGCCUUCCACUGGACCCCAGCCAAAGUUUGAUUUCGUUCAUGAGAUCCUGAACUCACCACUCAGUGAUUGGCUGUUUGAUAGAGACCAUGUCCAGCGCCAAUUCAAAAUGGAUAUGAGCUAUUACAAGGAAGUGUCUCAAGACAUCAAAUCCUGGCUGACUGAUUAUGAGCAGAAGAUGGAAGAAGAGGAGGCCCAGGGCUACUCAGAGGAGGAUGUUUUGUCUUAUAACAAGCCAGCAUGUGCUUGUGUUGCUUCAGAGCAAGAGCCACAGUUUUACGAGAUUGAGAAUCUUGCUUCACUGCUGUGUUGUCAAGAGGCUUCCCCAUCCAACCCUUCCCCGAAGACAACAGCAUUCAACACCCAGACAUGGCUAGCAAGUUCCCAGGAGGACUCGCAGGAGAAGGGCAAGUGGUUGAAGAGACCCCUGCCUAAGGUAGAAGAGGUUUGUCGAGCCAACGAGCCUUGUCAAGAUUUCUCUGAGUGUGUGUGUGACACCAAUUGCUGUCUUGAUUACACUGAUCAGUCAUCUUGGUUGUCACAGGGAGGAAGUUCUAAGAACCGGGGGGAACCUGUUGGGGUAUCUUGGCUGUCUCAUCAGGAGCAGUCUGAUUGGUUGGCUAAGGGUAAUGAGACCGUGGCGUCCAAUAAUAUGCCCUCUCCCUUUGACAACUUCCUGAACCAGCAAUCAAAGAAUACAGCUGAUUGGUUGGCCCAGGGCAAAGAAACCUCCAGAGUGUCCAAUGAAAUGCCAUCUCCCAUUGACAACUUCCUAAAGCAGCAAUCUCAGAAGAUACGUGAUUGGCUGAUUGGUGGGGUGAAGGAGGUGGGUCCCUGCUCAAUGGCCAGUGGUUAUUUUGAGCACCUUUCAAACGAGCCAUCUGAUUGGCUGGUGCAAAAUAGGCCUUGUCUGACAACCAGUCAGGCGUCUCCUUUGGAUGCCUAUUUGAGGCAGAGAUCAGAGAGACUCUGUGAUUGGUUGAAACCCCGCGAUGACCCUCCUCAAGAUCCAGUUUUCAGUUCCCAAAUCUAUGCAAAGGCAACAUCUAAUACGUCUGACUGGCUGUCCCCUGAAAACUCUGAUCACGGCAACACUGUUCAGUCCGUACCUGCUUUCGACAUUUUUGUUGAAUCCCAAUCACACCAGACCACGGAUUGGCUGUCCAAAAAGAAAGAGACAAGCACACACUUGGUAGCCAAUCAGCAUUGUCCUUUGACUGCCUAUUUUGCCCAAAGAUCAGAGAAGACAUCUGAUUGGUUGAUCAAGGCUGAUGAGAAAAACAAGCAGUGUCAGCUUGCUGAAAAUAACCAGUGGCUGUCUGUCCACAUCCAAGACAAUAAAUCCCAUGACACAUCUCCUUCCCCACUGAUGGAGCUUGCUCAAAGACCAAGCAAUUUCUAUAAGUACUCAGACUGGCUGCAAAAGAGUGAUCAAACGUACUCAGAAAGCAAAGACGGCUCCAAAUCAGUGUCCGACAUUUCAGAAAAGUGGGGGUUUGUUUCAAUGAGCCACGAUAACAAAGAGUGUGUGGAAGAAGUGUCAGAGUGGCUCACUCACUGCUCACUCAGUGCAACUGAGGUUGAGAGCCAUACCAAAGAGAAUGCCAAGUUGUUGAGUUCCUCCUCCCCAGGGGAGAAGGACCCCGCCUCUUUGUUCCCCUGCUUUACUGAAAAGACGGAUGUUGAGAAAUGGCUUGUGGCUUGAGGUCAAAGGUCAAAUGCCAUGCAGACGAAAGUCUAGGAUUUGUGAUUAUUUUUUUGUGUUUUUGUUUAUCAAUGGGGUGCUAAACGUUACAGAUCAUUUACAUUGUAAUCUGUAUGAGUUGAACAAUUACAACUUUAUUAUCCCAAAUACCUUUGCUGACUGAUCUCAACCCCACCCCACCCCAACCCCACUCCAGCCUACACCCAGUCCUACACCCAUCCCCUCCCUAGCCCUACACCCAGUCCAACACCCAUCCCCUCCCUAUCCCUACACCCAACGCUAUGCCCCACCCUUGUUACCCUACCUCCACCCAUUCCCUAAUUCAGUCUUCUGUCCUUAGUGCCGUAGAUGAUAGUCUGUUUACCAUCCGGCCAGUAAAAUUUUAAUGUUCCAUUUUUUGAAGUUUUGUUGAAAAGUGGUAUAUUCCUGAUAUCAUCAGACUUGGGUUUAAUGUAUCUUGUAUGUUGGUGUGUGAUUAUUUCAAAUUUCACAUUUUUGCAGGGAUGUGUUUUUAACAUUGUAAUUAUGUAAACAACUUAAUAGAUGUAAUGCAGUUACAAUGUAUACAAACACUGGAACAGAAAUGCUGGUACAGCAAACAUAAAGCUUGGGUUCCAACUGUGUUUUAUGUGAGCAAUAAAUGGGACCGGCACUUGAAUUAACAAGAGUCGAUCGACUAAAUUUGCAAAAAAGAUAUAGGGAUUUUCCAGAUAAUACAUUAAAAGGGACAAUCUAAAAGCAUAAUUGUCACUUUCAAUUGCAAUUGCUUUUACUUUUUCUUCUCAUCAAGCCUUUGGCAAGCCAUCAAUAUGAAUUUACAUAUAAAAACAAUCUUAUAGAGUAUUCAUAUUGGGCUCUUGUUUGUGUGUGCCAAAAUGCAGAUCCAAACAAUCCAAUCAGAAAUUGAUGUUCAGUUGAAGUGUUCAGCUUUCAGGUUUUAUACUUGUCGCAUCUCCCUGUAGCGGUGAAGAUAUUUUGGAUUGUUCAAAGUUUAAUUUUCAUUUCAAAGAUUUAAUUUUGUCAUUUAAUUUACACGUAUUAACAAAAAAUAGAAAGUUGCAGUUUUAACCUGUAAAAGUCUUUCUAUAAUUUGUCCUUGCAUCCCUUAAUGUUUUCUUGUAUUCAUCUGUGCGAAACCUUGAUCAAGAUUCACCAAUGUGUGCUUACUCUCAUCUCUACAAUGUAGAUAUAAUCAGUCUACUCAUUGAGUACAUGUAUUUAGUGGCCUAACUAGAGAGGGGGGGGGGGGGGCUCGGGAGGGCCACUCCCCCCUAAUGUGUGCCCCCUGCUCGCGCAUUUUAUUUUUGCAGCAUACAUCGUAUUUUAACAAAUCACAUCACGCGCCCUAACAUGAAUGUUUAUCACGCUGUGUGGAUGGAAGACACUUAUGUUCUCUUAGAGUGUUUUUCCUUCAGUUAAACUUAUCCCAACCAACAAAAUUAUUUGAUGAAAAUGGACAUGGUUCGAACCACAGAUCUUGCGAUCCAUAGAUCAUUCCACUAUCCACUAGGUCACUGUGGCAGCUCGACGAAAGCCGUUCUUUGAAAUGAUUUAAUUUACAUGCAUGGCUGAGUGAUAGCAAUGGUGUGACAUCAUUGUUAUUUUCUUAUAAAUAAACAUCGAACUAGCUGAAUUAUCAUAAUCCAUUGAUGAUGUGUGCUGCAGAUAAAAACACUGCCCGCUGCUAAUAAUUCGAGGAUGGCAAAAACGAGCUUUUUAUUGUUGAAACCCAUUAAUUGCCACCCUUGAGACCCCAGUAACGCCACUGGGUGUAAUUCAAUAUUAUAUUUGUUUGAAAGCCUUUAUCAAAUGUUUUUAAGAAAUCAUACCCAUACUGCUUGCUGAAUAGAAAUCUUUAAUAGCUUGCUAGAGUCUUUUCCCCUUGUCUGAGCCUUCCGAAGAUUGCUUCAUUCCAGAAUUAAGCUUUACUUUUUGUUGUAAUUAGUUUUGCAGUUCAUUGUCGAGGGAUAUAGUCAAGAGUUUGACUAGAUUUCUUUAUGUGUAUUAAGUAUGGAUAAACAGUAACGGAGACAACGGGAUGAUGACUGAACAUUUGGUUAAUCUGAAUGUGUAUACUUCCUCCCGUUUUCGAAGUUUUGAUUUUAUUAAAGAAACAAAAUUGCUUCUAUAUGAAUUAUGGCUGAAUUUUCCCAUAGCAUUAACAAGGUAAUUUGCUUUGUUCCCUGUGUACACUACGUUGGAUUUAAUAUAUGUAACUGUAGAAUUGGGUAUCGUACAUGGGAAAAAUUAAAAGAAAAUUACAGAUAUCAUAAAAAGUACUUAGCUAUCUAUCUAACUUAACUGCUGUACGUUGCUGUUUCAACCUGAAUAUUUCAAUUUCCUUUUAAGGCAUAUUAUGUAAUUAUUAAAUAGGGAUUGAUUAUUCACACACGAAGUCUAGAAUGUUGAUUUACUAAAUUAAUAAUUGUAACAGUUAAAGUGUGGUAUAUUACAAUGGGAAUUACCAAAACUGAAAUUCCACUGUCCAUUCGUGAUAACGAAUUUAUCUUCAAGCAAACUUGACGCGCAGUAAAGUUGGACCAUCGCUUUACACGAACCUUUCAGCGGUUAAGCGCAUGCAGCUGGAAUGUCGCUCGCAUCUUGGAAUAGUACAAUACACAGGGUGCGAUAUGGACCGUGCAAUACAGCCUCACAUCACACUGUUGUUGCCAUGGAUCGACCAUUCAGGAUCGAGGAUUCAAGCUUGCUUGAAGAUAAUACACGGUGUACUGUACAUAUGCUAUCUUUGAAACAUUUGUAGCGUUAAUGAUAUGUAUUUUCCCAAAAAUGAAACAUGUUCAUUGAUUGGUUGUAACAUUAAAAUUAAGUCGAUAUAAA